AUGGUUGACCAACUGACUGUCAUCAACAACCGGAUCAUCAUCGGCCUCGUGGUUCUUGCUGUAGAAAUUAUCCUUGUGAUUUUUGUUUCGCUAGCGCCAGAUUCAUUUGAGUUAUCUAAGGCAGCUAAGUUGGAUGAACCUGACUUGGUUGGUCCGUGUGAGCAAGAAGUUAACUGUGAACUGCCAGAAUGUUAUUGCAGUACAUUUGAACACAAAAUGAACAGGCGAGAUAUUCCCCAGAUUGUGUAUUUCGGGUUCGAUGACGGUCAGACGGCCGAUGCUGCCCGACAUUAUCGAAGAUUGUUCAGACCUGAACGCAGAAACCCAAACGGUUGUCCAAUCGCUGCCAGCUUGUUUGUGACGGACAAAUACACCGACUACAGUGUUCUAGCGGAUAUGUAUAGACGGGGGUUUGAGGUGGCUGUACACAGCAUAACGCAUAACGACCUUCUUACUGGUGCGGACGUAAAAAGAGAAGCAGAAGGGGAGCGUGAUAAGAUUGUUACACUUGCCGGUAUUCCGAAAAAAGAAGUAGUUGGCUGGCGAAGUCCCAGUCUCGUCCCUGCUGGCGACGCACAGGACAGUAUCCUAAAGGAACUUGGAUUCGAGUAUGAUAUUUCAUUGACCUACGUCAGAUCCUAUAUGAAUGAGAGUGAACCGUGGCCCUUUACGCUGGAUUAUUCCUGGCCGUUUCGUUGCCAUAUCCCUACCUGUCCUAAUCACACACACAAGGGUUUGUGGGAAGUUCCUGUUAAUUCUAUGAGAGACUUCAAAGAUGAAUUUGCGUGCGUUUAUGUGGACGGGUGUUUAAACAGACCAGAAACAGUAGAAGAAGCAUACAAGUAUAUCAUGUACAACUUCCGGGACAAUUACUAUGGAAACCGAGCUCCGUUUGGAUUCAACAUGCAUUACGCAUGGUUGUUGGUGCCUUCAAAUAUGAAAGCUAUGGAUAUGGCUAUUCGCGAAUUUUUGAAACAUGACGAUGUUUAUAUUGUUACUGUGAAAAAUGUUAUCGAAUGGAUGAAGAAUCCGACACCACUUGUAAACAUUUCUAGUUUUGAACCAUGGAGUUGUUGA